CACAAAUUUACGUCGAGAGAAAUAGAUUCGGCUCCAUGCUAGGUGAACGUCGGCGAACAGAUGCCGAGAUUCUAUAAUGGCCGAACAAAGUUGUGCGGUGACUAAACAAGCUCAAUCUACCUGUAGUUUGUACAGUUCAGAAGAAGAGAUGAUGCAAUGUUUCCAAACUUUUCAAAAGUCAACUCAACCAGGCGUAUAGCCGACUCAGGGCCGUCGCUGCCUGAUCCUGUUCAUCUGGCGGCUGGGCAGCCGCAGGAUAUGUACUGCUAUACGAAUCGCCAGCAGUAGAGUAUUCAGUUAGACCUUGCCCUUCCGAUGGUCCGGAGUCUCAAACGAUGGCUGUCGAUUUGCCGUACACACUCCACAGCCGGUACGCGUCCAUUGCGAUCGCUUGGACCGUCAUCCUCGUGCCGCCCAUUUUCCUCAAUCUGGGUUUGUUCUACGGCCUAUGGUACGGGAGGCCAGAGUUGGAUCGUUUGUUUGUCCUCACGCUUCCAACCGCCAUCCUCGGCAUCUUCACAGCGCUCGCCGUCGUCGAGCGCGUCUGGAAACUGGUCCGCCCGUCGCCCGAGUACCGCCCGUUGAACGCGCCGCGCUACGCUCUAGACGUGUUCCAGUGGGGCUACUUCGUCGUUCUCGUCUCCAUCGCCUCGCUCAUCACGUCCACGCUUGCAAGGGACGACGAGGAUCAUGAUGGCCACGAGUUCCAAAUCCGCCUGAUGUCCCUGCCCGCGGCAGUCCUCAUGUACCUCGUGGCCACUCUCACCUUUGUUUCCUUGAUCCUCAACUACCUCGAGGUGAGGUUGCCCUUUCGCUUCGGCAGCCUGGAUGCCGGCAACGUGCUGCGGCCAGCAGUGUAUUACAUCGUCGAGGACGUCGUCGCCGUUGACGGCGGUGGUGGAAUCGAGUAUCGCAAAGCUUUUGGUGCACGCUACAACGACAGUCCAGCCUUCCGUGCCAUGAUCUGGAACGUCAGCGUGGCGUGGAUGGUGUACUUCUACGCGUGUGCUGCUGCUUUUACGGCCCUCAUCUUCACGUUGCCCAAAAUGAGUGUUUAUGCUGUCGGAUGGGCUGGUCCAUUUCCAUUGGCGGGUCUAAUGGCCGUUUGGACAAUCUUCUAUGUUAAGUCUGCGCUGCAGAGGGAACGAGACGAGCAUGUUGCGCACGAGAGCACACCGUUGUUACGAUGAAGCCGCAUCAUUUGCUACUUUUAGAUACUACUUACAGCUCUCAAUACACACGAGUCACGUCGACAAGCAUCGCAUUGAAACAUUCAUCAACGUACUCCUCCAGCACGUGUGGAACCGGCUUUUAUUUUAUUUUUCUUUUCUCUCAGCCCCUUGCUCGACGUAUACCAACAUUCUUUGACCCCUCAUCUGUUCGCGAGGGCGCUGAUAGCUAGGUGCACAAACGUGUUGUCUUCCCAUGCUCGACUUGACGUCUUUCUGGUCUUCGACGAGUUUACUGAGCUUGCCCUACGCAAAAUUGCUUUGCAAAUGAUUUUGUUGAGCGACGCGCACACAAGCCAAAAGACAAACUAUCGUCAAUUGUGCAGGAAUGGAGAACGGGCUGUGAAACUCUGAUAGAAGGCGGCAAGCAAGAAGCUGAUGACCAACAUCAUGACUCGGGGCAAGGACGGACGAUUGAUUUCACGAAUCUUCUAACUUGUGUCGUUACCCUCGACUUUGGUUUCGACUGG